AUAAUCUGAGAAGUAUCAGUUACGGACAGAAAUCGGGGACAUUCAAUAAAGGCUUACACAACGGAACAGUCAAACUAUCUUGAUAGACCAGAAUUCUAUUCGCACCGUGUUCCAACAUGGUGGACGAAUGAAACCGAAAGACGCUUUAAAGGCGCUUUCAAUUUACUCUAAAUAACAGUCCAACAUGAAACGUCGUUCGGAUGUAUCUGAGGCUGCAGCAUCAAAGAAAACUCGAAAAGAUAGCUCUGUAACACAGAAAAGCUUUGCAGUCCAACCUGUGGAAGCUUUUCGAGGAAGACUUCCUUUUUAUCGACAACCAAUCGAAGUGGGGCAUUUCUCUUUAGACGAUCAUAGAAGGUUUCACGAUGAUAAGAGACAAUUGAAGUAUUUUAGUCCUCCGCGUGAUAUAAACUUCGACCUCAGGGCUGGGUAUGAAGACUUUGUGAAACGGAACGAAGAUGUAAAAGAAGGGUUGGAAAACUUGUUGCAGUGGGUACAAUGUCACCACGAGAAGUUUGAAAUCGUUCAAAGUCCCACGAGCGAGACUCCUCCAGAAGGUAAAACUCAACUCUCCAGGUGAGAUUAUUUAUAUUUUAACAAACAAGUGUCUUCCUAGGAAAUUUGCAGAGAAGACGUUUUUCUUUCCCAUCUGAACCUCCAAGUAGGCUAAGAUUCCUACACAGCCUUGUGCUAUUGUAAACCGAAUAGGUAUUCCUAGAGGUAACCUAUUGUUUUCGCCAUCUGUCUAAGAACUUUAUGUGUAAUGAAAUUUGGAGAUAUGCGGAAAUCGCACCACUCCAAGUAGCCAGGUACGACGGUUUUUUUUUUUUUUGCAAGGGGGUCUACUCUUUUUCCAUAAGAGGAUUUUAUUUUCUUACUGGUGCCAAAAGAAAACUGACCUUUAGGAUUCCUCAGGGGGGUGGGUGUAGAUAAAAAGCUGAGUAUUUAAUGUCACCAAGAAGCCAAACUUUACUACUGACUUGGCUUUGGGUGUUAAUUUACCAAAUAUUGUAAUUACAAAGAAUUUAUCAAAAGCAAAUUGACCUAGCUUGCUUCAUUAACCCUCAAAUUAUAUAAUAAAUUAUCAUAGUGUAAGGCAAUUUUUUUCUGAUCACUGGAUGAUUUGUGAAUCAAAUUUCUUUUGGAACACAACAAUUUUGCAUUUUCAGACCUCAGACUUUCAUUCAAGGAACUUGUUUUGGUCGUGAUUCAAAAUAUAUUUUUUCCAGUGAAAAGUUUGGUAUCUAGGGCAUCAGAUCAAAACACAUCUUCCUAUUUUUUCAGCUUACACACAGAUUUCAUAACAUGGAGGGGGCUCUUGACAAAGAUAAUGUGCACACCCUAUGAAACAAGAGAAUCUUGGCAAAUGGCAGCUGUGCUACACAAUGGAACAAUCUACAUUAUGGAGAUAGAAACUGAGGAAAACAGGGACAAGCGGGAGAACAUGGAAGAAAGACACAAAGAGAUGUGCUACUGGGGUCAUAACUUUGAAAGCUAUGUUACAUCCCUGGUAGACAAACGUCAUCAUAAUAAAAAUGAGGAAAAAGCCAAGGAAAGCCAUGCUAUUAAUGAUAGUGAGGAAUUUGUCACUGUAAUCAGGGCUAGGCUUAAUAAACACUCAUUGGUUUUUGGUGCUGAAGUGGACUGCUGCACCAAGGUAUAUUUUGUUUUAGUGCAGGGUUUUUGUGAAAAUGUUAGUACUAAAUGCAUGAUCUGAACUCAGUGUGCUUUCUCAGUAAGCAUGUUUGUAACACACCCUCCUGGAGGGGUUGGGGAGGCUUACUCUGCUGGAAAAAAUUGAAACCCUCUAAAACAUGAAUUGCAGCAUUCUGGGGCAUAUUUGAGUACUGGUAAUUCUGUUUAGCCAGACUUUUAUGUUGAAAUCAGUUCAAAAAUACUUAUUUUCUGUCUUUGCUCACAAUUCACCAAGUAGCUCAGGGACCAAAUGGUCUGACAGCCAGCAGGUUUCCACUGCCUGCCUACUGGAUUCUAAUAACAACCCUGUCGAUGAUAUCUUAGUUGUGUAACAUACAACCAAGUAAAGAAAUAGAGAAAGAUGUUUUUACUGUCUUUUUUACAAGCAUGGGACGAAGAAAAAAUCUGAGUACCCAUGAGGAGCCGAACCUCAGACUUUCAGAUUCUGUAAAGAAAUGAUCUUUGCAUGUAAGCUCCAAUUUGAAAAAUUACAGAUAGGAAGCCUGAAAAAAAAUUAAGGUUUUGACAGAAAGGGAAUCUGUGCCUCCCAGAUACCAGUUGGGUGCCAUUACUAACUUAACUAUGAAGCCACAUGUUGGGAGGGAGGCAAAUUUUAGUGGGUUCUUCAUUCUUGCAAAGGAAUCUGAUCAACCCUUUACACCCUAACAUAGCUAUUCAUAUUCUCCAUACUUUUCUCUACACAUUUCCCAAGGUGCUUACAAGGAGAAUUUGUUUAACAAUCGAGAGCUUCUUUAGUUGGUGAUCAUUUCCUUUAUUCCUCGGGGAUGAUAUUGUAAGGAGAAAUUAGCUACUUAUCAUUCUUAGGGGUUAAAGGGUUAAUAAUUACAUCACAGCUUAAAAUUUAAAUUCCAUGUUUUCUUGUAGGAUAAUGAAGAAGCCCCAGCAAAUUAUAUUGAAUUGAAAACCUCCUUGAAACCUCACAACCACCACCACCACUACACCUUCAAACGCUUCAAACUGCUCAAGUGGUGGGCAGUCUUAUUUGGCUGGUGUGCCAAAAAUCAUUUGUGGCUACAGGGAUCACAGUGGCCAUGUGAAAGAAUUGCAAACAUACAACACUCUGGCCAUACCUAGACUUGCACGAGACGAGGAGGAUCUCUGGGAUUCUUCCAUUUGUUUGAACUUUCUGGACAGAUUUCUUGACUGGGUGAAGACAGUGGUUAUAAAAAGUGGACCAAGGGUGAUGUACAUGUUCUCCUGGAGAGAGCCAUUUGAAGACGUGACAGUUACAGAGAAGUCUGAUGAACUGCACUGUGUCCUCCCAGACUGGUAUUUGAAAACUUUCACAAAUACUGCCUCUCCAUAGCUACAGUUGAAAUUUUCCCAUUUUACUACAGAGCUUCUUUAUUCUUCUUUUUAGGAUCAUUAUCAUGUGCAGCAUACAUUUUGUAGUCGCUGAUACACUGGAUAGAGAUUUAUUUGUUGGAUAGCAUUAUCUGCCCUUUAUGCAACUGGGCCCUAAAUUUCAAAACAGGGGGAGGGGAAGGAGCCUUAUCAAAAACUUGAACUUCAAAACAGGGGAGGGGGGGCUUAUGAGAAACCUGAAUUUCAAAACAGGGGGAGAGGUAGGCUUAUUAAAAACCUGAAUUUCUUAAAGGGAGAGAGGGCUUUACAAUAAAAGGGGGGGGGGCAUACAAGGUGUUUGUAGUUCACAAAGUUCAAAUAGUUAUCAAUCACAAACAAAGGAGUGUACUCAGAACAAAUGAAAUUGUUUUUAACCAUCCAGUUAUUCUGUUUAGUUUUAAAUAAGGUAAUUAUUAUUUAAAUAUGAAAAAACUAGUCAUUGUAACAUAGUAAAGUUGAGUUAGAUUAUUUAUAUUCUUAUCGUAGUUAUAUGGUAUUGAUCUUCUCAGUAUUUUAUAUAGAGAAUAACUGUUAACAUUGCCAAUUUGUUCCCUAUCAUUACCA